UGGGCGUCGGCGAGGAGAAAUCUCGGGGAGACCGACGAGUGGCCAGUCCACCGCGCGCAGCGGGAGGAGUGGCGCGCGCGGCCGCCGGAGAAGUCCAUGGCGUGGAUCUGGAUGCUCGUGGCGGCAGGGGCCGUGCUCCUAUGGGCGGUUUCGCUGGGGCGGGUGCUCUCUUCUCCCUCGCCGUCGUGCCUGCCUGCCAACUCCACCUUCCUUUCCCCUCCUCACGGCGACAGGAUGAGCCGGAAUGUCCUUAUCGUUCUCGCCCACCCCGACGACGAGUCCAUGUUUUUUGCUCCGAGUAUUCUUUUCCUCAAGUCAAAAGGUCACAAUAUUCACAUCUUGUGCUUGUCUCAAGGCAAUGCUGAUGGCCUUGGAAAUAUUCGCAAAGAGGAACUCUACCUUGCAUGUGCCACUUUUAAGAUUCCAGCCGAGCAAGUUAAAGUAUUGGACCACCCAGAACUGCAGGAUGGUUUUCAUGAGAAAUGGGAUCAUCGACUAAUAGCAGAACUUACCAUGGAACAGGCCCAACUAUGGAACAUCGAUACGAUUAUUACCUUUGAUUCUCGAGGAGUAUCAGGCCAUCCAAAUCAUUGCAAUGUUCAUUAUGGCAUCUGCAAGCUUCUGCGUGACCACGUGCAAGGACACAUUGAAGCAUGGGAGCUUGUAAGCCUGAACAUUUUUCGCAAGUACAGUGGUCCAGUUGACAUUUGGCUAUCUUCUUUUACCCUCUCUUCAAGCUCAAAACAACCAAUUUAUACUCUGGUUAAUAAUAGUCCUACCAGAAGCUUUGAGGCAAUGGCUGCACACAAAAGCCAGUGGGUUUGGUUCAGGAGAUUGUUCGUCCUAUUCUCAAGUUACACAUACAUAAAUGUGCUCCAGAAAAUUUGAAGUUUGUUGUGUGAAAGAAAGCACCUUCCGACUCAGAUUGAUAAAUGUCUGUAAAUGAACCCUAGAGGCGGGAAGCUUCUCUGAAGAAA